CGUUUUUGGUUUUUCUUCAUUAUUUCAUUGUUUCCAAAAAUAUUGCUAGAUGCCGCUUCGAGUUUAGCGAUUGCUCAAAGAUGUCGCAGGGUGUUUUGACAGUUCUCUUAAAAUGGCUUCAACACGUUCUAUUUUGGUGCCAAGUUUUAAAAUAAACAUGAAAACAUUGAUAUUUCGUAGUGUUUGUGCACAGAUGUAAUAUAGUUUAUGCUGGAAAGUCGAAGUUUUAGUGACGCGUACAUUUCCCAAUAUAGGCCGGAUCGCUCUCUAUCGUAAGUUAUAAAUAACCUAACUUUCAUCUCUUAAACGCAUUUAGUUACAUACCGCUACGCUGGCUGGAUUAAUGUUUUAAGUGUUCAUUAACCAUGGCUGAUUCAAUAUCUGAACCUGUUAAAAAAUGUAUCCUUAUUUUACAAAGUGCAAAAACCGACACGGAAAAAUUUGCCGCGUUAUUUAUGGUGACAAAGUUAGUGAAGGGUAAAGAUUGUACAACAGUUGCUAAGAAGGCUCUCUUCGAAGCCAUUGGAUUCAAGUUUUUGAAGAAGUUAUUACUAAGUGCCGAUGUUCCCGAAGAUUGUCCCCCACUUGUAUAUAAGAGUGUUGCUUUAUCAAUACUUACAUGUUUUUGUCAAGAUGAAGAACUCGCUACACAUAAAGAAAUGUUGGAAAACAUUCCAGUUUUCUUGGAUAUAGUUCAAACAGCUGAUGAUGAUGAUUACGAUGAUAAUCUGAUUGUUGUUAGCGAAGCUUAUAGUUGUCUUCAGAGCAUAGCUUCAUAUGAACCUGGGCAGAAAGCAUUGCUUGAAGGAGGCGCUAUUGGUAAGAUGUCUCAAAUAUAUGCUCAACAAAGUUUUCAGACUGAUGAAGCCCUGAAUUUAAUAGUUACAUUGGUCAGUAAAUUUGGCCCUUCAGCUUGGGAUUUAGAUCCUAAAAAUUUUCAUGCUUUAUUAAAUCGUAUUUGCUUGGAUUUUGAAACUGAUCACACAGAGAGAAAAUUUACUUUGUGUUCGAUACUUGGAGCUCUAUUAUUUAAUUGUAGACGUAGCAUUGUUGGUCGAACGGCUGACACUGAAGUUUGGCCUGGCAGCUUGUUUAAAGGUUUAAGUGAUAUAUUGGGCAGCCGCAUUGGUAAAAACCAACGAGACCCAGCAUUGAAACUUGCAUCUGCUGUAAUUGAUGUUUUAGGUGUGGAAUGGACAUUGAGAAAUGAAGAAAAUCCCAAGCAAUUCUUUCUGCUUCUCCUACAACUCAGUGCAAUUGAAGUUCGUAUGCAGAUGGAUGAUAAAAGUUUAAAGCAAGCUUUGGCAAAUGGUGAUUUAAUUUCAGCAUGUUUUAUAAUCUUAGAACUUUCUGUAGCUUAUAUGGCCAAUGAUACUUUAGAUUUGGAACAAAAGGAAAAGCAAACAAUAUACACAGCAUUAAAAGGUGCCUUUUCAGCUGUAAUAUCAGUUUUAACUAAAGUAUCAAAUGAUAAGAACAAAGAUAAGUUACCUCCAAAAGAAAAAUCCUUUGUUUGUGCCAUGGUGCGUGUUUUAGCUGUUUGGCUAGCCACAGAAACUUCGGCCAUGAGAACGGCUGUGUACGCUUUGUUACCAUAUAUGCUUCAAUUAGCUAAUGACACAUUUUAUGCUGCAAGAACGCACAGGCUUAGUCAGGAUAAAAAUCAAACUGAAUCUGAUGCAGAUGUUCUCCGAAUGUUAUUACCAGCUUUGUGUCACCUGGCAGUAGAAGAUCGGGCAAGGGAUAUUUUGCUAGCAAAUAAACAAGACGAAGUUCUUUAUGAAUGUAUGGUGUAUCAUUGGUCAAUCGCGCAUUACAAAAAGCCACCUAUACCAAAAGCUGAUAGGUUGAAAGCUUUAUCGCAACCUGAAGCGCCUUUGGAUCCUCAAUUACUUGCUGAUAUGAAAGAUUCGAGAGCAGCACUGGUAAGCCUGUGCAACAUUUUUAUGAAUAUAACAGUAUUGGAAGCAAAAACAGUUGAAGAAAGCGCUCUCUUUGGCACAUUACUCAAGUUCAUCUUCAGUAGUCUUCCUGAAUUGCGUGGUACUCCUGAAAAUUUAGUUCUUCAAGGUCACUUGGCUGUUCUUGGAUUACUGCUUUUAAAAGCACAACAUAAAAAAUUGAAGAAAAAUGAUUUUUCCAUAUGCAGUUUUAUCCAAUCAUCUAUUAGAUUUUUAUGGGAUGCUUACAAUUUGGAUGAAAGCAACGACCCAUUUGCCUUAGUUGUUUCUUUAGCCUAUAAAGAAUACUGGAUGGAAUUAAUGGAAUUGUGGUUUUUAGGAAUGCAAACAAUGUCUUCUGUUUUACCUUUGGUCCCAUGGAUAUCAGAUUUUGCUGUUGAAAGUGGUUGGGCAGAGGGAAUUGUAACAACACUUAAGAAAGUUCGUAUUGGAUCGUUACAGGCUGAUGUCAAAUCUGCAUAUGAAGAUUUCUUAUGCCAUUUAGUGGAUGCAAACAAAAAUGUUAUUGAUGUACUUAAGAAAGCGGAUGCUUUGAAAGUAUGUAGAAAUCACAGAUUGAUGGAGUUGGGAAAAAAAUUAUUUGGAGAUUAA